AUGAUACCUGGUUACGGUGCCGUGACUCAAGCCCUUUUGGGGACUCUUCUGACGUGGGGUCUUACAGCUGUUGGAGCCGGUUGUGUAUUUUUUAUCAGAGGAAAACAUAGGAAGUUACUUGAUGUGUCUCUUGGCUUUGCUGCUGGGGUCAUGACGGCGGCUUCAUACUGGUCGCUACUAGAACCUGCUAUAGAAAUGUGUGAAAAAUCCGGUACUUAUGGAGAACAUGGACAGUACGCUUUCGUGCCUGUCGCAGCUGGGUUUUUAUUUGGAGCAGUGUUUGUAUUUGGCACAGACAAAUUUUUGGAUUAUUUAGGCAUUAAUUCAACUAACAUGAUGAUAACUAUUACAAAGAGUAAAGAGUCCAAAGAAAAGCUUGAGGAUUUAGAAAUGAUGACAGCUCUAAACCGGCAACCCUCAAAUCCCACCAGUGUUGUGACAUUAGAACAACCUGUCGAAUUUGCUGAUUGUAUCAGUAAUCAGCAUACGGCGCAAAGAAGACGACCUCACCAUAACUCGCACCAUUCUUUGAAGGGCGGCGAUGGUGACGUGGACGAGAGGCGGGACAGCGUAGCGCGCGCGCUGGAGGCACGCCAGUCGCAGUGGAAGCGGAUCAUGCUGCUGGUGGUCGCCAUCACCGUCCACAACAUCCCCGAGGGCCUGGCGGUGGGCGUGUCCUUCGGCGCCGCCGCCACCUCCUCCGAGGCCUCGUUCCAGAGCGCUCGG